AUGGAACAGCGUGUUUUAGGUGUCUAUGAGAGAUUCAGAAAUCUCCAGAAACUGAAAAAGCCACUCUACCUCUCAGCCUUUACGAUAGUGACGAGCUGUAAGGAAGCCAUGGAGGCACAGGGGAAAACACAUCCCGGCCCAAUGGAUUACUUGGAGUGUUUGAUGAGUGUUAGAGAUAAUUUUAAGAAAAUCACUCAAGUGAAGGACGAAGGAUACAUAUAUGCCCUCAGCGCAGUCAUUUCAAUGGUCCCUCUUGAGGUCGUAGCUAAGCUUAGUGAUCUUCUCUAUGAAUUCAUCGAUACUGUUAUUGAGAACACUACAAAUACUCUUGUCUUGAAGUAUUGCUCCGUCGUGCUCCAGUUUUUGUUAGAAAGUAAGACCAAGGACCAAUGGAAAAAUGAGGAGCAGACUAUUAAUAUCUUCAUGAGGCUCUUCCACUUUGGAUUACAUAGCAAGGACCUUGUCAAGAGACAGGCUAUCAGAAGUUUCAUGGUCAUUUGCCAUCAGAAAGACCCAUCUUACUUUAACAAAGCUAUGAAUGAACUUGAGAAAGGUAUCGUAAAAGUUCUAGAUCAAGCAGAUGUAAAUAAAUCCAGGGCUAUCAAUUGCUUAAACUUCAUUAAUUGUGUGAUCCCAGUUGCUAUUUCUCCAAAUAUUGUGAAAAAGCUAGCAGAAUAUUCUGAAAUAGAUAAUCUGGUCUUGAAGAAGCAUAUUUACUUUGUAAUUGAGACUAUUUUCGCAGCGACUAAGUUAUCAACAGGCUUUGUUGAGGAAUUCCUCAUCUAUUUAUUGAAAAAUGUGCCUGUAGCUACUGACACAAGAAAUAUGAAGAACGAAGGGGAACUGAUGAUCGCAGGUUAUUGUGUAGCAGUAGCUCAAGUAGCAGUUCAUUACAAGAAGUGCGAAGAUAACAAUGUGCUGAAAUACCUGCCAACUCUGAUAUCGAUUCUUUCUGAGUUCCUUAUCAGUGGAAUUCAUCGAAUCAAAAUGGGAGCUUUCACUGCUAUUAAGAACAUUAUUGUGCAUACUUUGUCAAAAUCAGACUUCGUCCAAACUGAAGAGAGCAAGAAUACUGAACUGGGAGAUCUCAAUUUUGACUUGCUUACUAUCAGGGAUGAGAACACUAAAAUUCAUCCUUUGAAGAAAAUCUGCAUGAUGUUCCAGUAUUGCCUGAACUCUAGAUUUGAGAGUUGCUAUUCUGAAGUUAUCAAACUCAUCUCAGAGUUCAUCAACAUUGGAGCUGAGAAAACCACCGAAUUCGGAGGUAUCGAUCUGCUUACCAAACUCGGCGAUCUUGGAAUUAAGAGAGAGUGAUACAAAGCAUGGACUGAAUGCCAAGGGAAAUUCUUGGAGAAGUACAAAAGUGAGUUGUUCUUUACCACAGUUCCAAUGAAACUCCUCGAUUAUGAUCUCAACUCUGAAUCUUACUCCCUAGAUUCCAGAUCUUACCUUAUUGGAGUCAUUAAGAGAUUUGUGAAGAACGAGUCAAUCGAUUUCUAUGUGCAGAAUUUCUUCCCAUUGAUAGACCUCUUGAUGAAAUCUCGUAAGGAAGCACUGAAGGAGAAGCAGCAGAUCAAGGUGAAGAAAUACGAGACCUUGAUUUGCCAGAUUUGGGAAAUCAUGCCAAACUAUCUCGGUAAUUACAGAGACUACGGAUUUGAAGACGCCACUUACCUUCAAGUUUUGCUCAAAAAUAUGGACAAGAUUGUUGAAAAGAACUUGUUUUCAGCUAGGAUCAUUACUCUUAAGAAUUACUGUGCACUGAUAGAUUUCUUGAAGGGUGCUCCAAAGACAGAUCUGAAGAUCAAGAAGGCAAGAAUUUUUAUGAUGAAGAAAGCAGUCACUUACAUAAACUCCUUCUCUGAAUUGUACUUACAGGCUGUAGACACUCAAAAAGCUUCAGCAGUUUCAAGCAUUAGAGAGAAUGAGCAUACCUUAUUGUUGAAGACUAUUUCCAAGUUUGGAUGGUUAGCAAAGAGAGCUAAGCUAUACGACCUCUUCUUCAAUGAGCUGACCAACAUUGUAGGAGAGUUCACAAACUUCGAGACUGAACUCCAAGAAGACGAAUCCAUGGAACUUGACGAGCAAGCCAAAACUUUGAGAAAUAUAGAGAAUGAAGCUACAAAGAAGAAGAUUCUUCGUAAGAUCGAUAUCAUUAUCUGCCUUAUGGAGAGAAUCAAGCUCUCUAAGAGACAUUGUGAGCUGAUAAUCAAGUUUGCUGAUUCUAUUGCGAAGUCUAAGAUCACACAAAAGAAGGCUUUCAAGAUCCUGUCUAUUAUUCUGGAGAGCUACGAAGUUACUUCUUAUGAGGAACUUAGUGAUAUAUUCUCUCAGCUCACUGGAUAUGCUUUCUCAGCAACACAACAAAAACAAAAACUUUACAUGCUGAAAAUCUUUCUUUCAAAGAUUAAGAAGCCAAAGAAGGAAGAUGAUAAGAUGGAGAAUGAUUAUGAUGAUCUCGCUAAUAACCCUGUUGAGGACUCUGACGAGGAUGAUCCAGAAGAAGAAAUGAAGAAGAUCGAGGUUAAUGAUGAACAGAGACAAGAGAUUAUUAAUACUAUCCUCCCAGAAAUUAUUACUGGAUUUUAUAGUGUUCAAGCUAAAUCAAAGAAGAUCUCUGAAUCUCUUCUAAUCGACCUUGUUAAGCUAUGCAGAAAUCACUUUAAUGAGUUCCUUAAGAAACUCUUAGCAGGUUUUGCUGGAGAUACCGUCGACACGCGAGCAUCUACCCUCACAAUCCUCACUAAAGUCCUCAAAACAAACUCUAGCGACUUCACAGAGACCAACCUCGUUAAAAUUACUAAAAUAAUCCUCUUAUUCCUGAAACAGACCUCUUCCAAGCUCCAAAAAUCUGUUUUAAAAUGCUUAAAAGUCCUUUUAUCAAUCAUCUCGCUUGAAUCCCUCACUGCUCUCAGUAGUGAGGUCCUCCCAGCAGUAAUUUCCUUCGAAGGCAGACAAAAACUCAACAUCUACGUACGCUACAUCAUCGGCAAGUUCAUCAAAAAGCUCGGCAAGGCCACAGUCAAAGACCUCGUGCCCGACUCUGAAGCAGCCUUGGUCGACUAUGUUGAAAAGAUGAUCAAGAAAGAAGCCAAACAGCUGAAGAAGUCAAGACAAGUGGUUAUGGACGAUGAAGAAGAGAGGGAAAGAGAUAGACUUAUUGAAGGAGAGAGAGUUGACGACUUUAAGGAUUCUGACGAUGAGAGCAGUGAGAGUGAUAGCGAUGAUGAGGAGUAUGCCAAGAGGGAUGCUAAUAUUGCUGAUUUUGAUAUCCCAGUUGUCAGGCAUCUUAAAGAGAUCGAGGCUGGCAAUGAUGAAGAGACUAAAGGAGAGAAACCAGACAGGAAAGCACAAGUAGAGAAGGUUCUCCAAACAGUUGACGAUGAAUUCUCCUCCCACUUCUAUGACAACCCUAUCUUACUUGUCAAGAAGCGUAAAGCAGAGAGGAAGAGACUUGAGGAGAUUAACAAGAGGCAAAUCGACCGUGAAGAGCGUAUUAGAAACAGAAAAGAAGUAGAUGGUGAAGAUGACCUGUUCUAUGAAAAGAAGACGAGAAAGUUUGUAGUCAAGGAUACUAUGAAGAACGAGAGACAAGUCAAACAAGCCCAGAAGAGGAAGAGAGUUGAAAGAGAUGAGUACAUUAACCAAGUGCUCCCCAAGGAAGUCAGGCAGAUGAUCGAUCUUGAGGAGAAAGCCAGGAGUGUCCAUAAGAGAAAGAGAGUUAACGAGAAAGAAGAUAUUGAUGACUUUGUACCAAUGAAAUAUGUGAAUAAAGGAAAGAAUGAUAAGAGCAAAGAAGGUCACUUUAUCAAGCAAUCUGGAUCUUCCUUUAAAGGAAAGGGAGGAAAGAGUGAUAUCCUCAAGAGCGGACAGUAUGAGCCAUACGCAUACAUCAAGCUUAAUCCUAAGAUGAUUAAUAAGAGGUUCAGAGACAAAGCUGUCAAGAGUUUCGGAACUGUUGUCGAGAAGAAAAAGCAAGAUAAAAGGAAAGUUAAGGAUGGAAUGUUCGCUGGAGCAACCAUUAAGAAAAAGUAAUCUGC